CCCGGGGAAGGCCCUUCUCUCAGGUGCGGUGGGAGGCGGGGGUUGGUGUCGCCGGCUGCAACGCGCUGCGCCCCGCCCUUGGAGGAGGUGCCUCCUUCCCUGCCGGUCGGAGAUGCAGCUACCCGGCCGCUCCUGCUGCUAAGCCGAGCCGCCGUUGCUGGGUAGGGAAGAGUCCGGCCUAGCUCAACCUAGGAAUUGCUGUGAAGAAUUACAAGAAGCUGAAGCAUCAUGGGGGAUGAUAGUGAGUGGAUGAAAUUACCCAUUGAUCAGAAAUGUGAACACAAGUUGUGGAAGGCCAGGUUAAAUGGGUAUGAAGAAGCUUUGAAGCUGUUUCAGAAGAUAGAUGAUGAGAAGAGCCCUGAAUGGUCCAAAUAUCUUGGCCUUGUAAAGAAAUUUGUGACAGACUCCAAUGCAGUAGCUCAGCUGAAAGGAUUAGAAGCAGCACUUGCCUAUGUUGAAAAUGCACAUGUCGCAGGAAAAACAACGGGAGAAGUGGUGUCUGGAGUUGUAAAUAAAGUGUUCAAUCAGCCUAAAGCUAAAGCCAAGGAGCUAGGCAUAGAUAUAUGUCUUAUGUUUGUUGAAAUUGAAAAAGGGGAAGUUGUACAAGAAGAGCUCCUUAAAGGCUUGGACAACAAGAACCCCAAGAUCAUAGUAGCAUGUAUAGAAACGCUGAGGAGAGCACUAAGUGAAUUUGGUUCAAAAAUAAUAUCGCUGAAGCCAAUAAUCAAAGUGUUGCCAAAACUCUUUGAGUCUCGAGAGAAGGCUGUUCGAGAUGAAGCCAAACUUCUUGCUGUUGAAAUUUAUCGAUGGAUAAGGGAUGCUCUCAGGCCGCCAUUACAGAAUAUAAACUCUCUUCAGCUUAAGGAACUGGAAGAAGAAUGGGUCAAAUUGCCAUCAUCUGCUCCCAAGCAGACCAGAUUCCUUCGCUCCCAGCAAGAAAUGAAAGCAAAGUUUGAGCAGCAACAAGCAGCUGGUGGAGAUGCAGAUGGAGGAGGAGAUGAUGGAGAUGAGGCUGUUCCACAGGUGGAUGCUUACGAACUUCUGGAAGCUGUUGAAAUUCUCUCCAAACUUCCUAAAGAUUUCUAUGACAAAAUAGAGGCCAAAAAAUGGCAGGAGAGGAAAGAAGCUUUGGAAGCUGUGGAAGUGCUGGUUAAAAAUCCCAAACUGGAAGCUGGAGACUAUGCAGACUUGGUGAAAGCUCUUAAGAAGGUUGUUGGAAAGGAUACCAAUGUGAUGUUGGUUGCUUUGGCUGCCAAAUGCCUUGCUGGUCUAGCUGCUGGUCUCAGGAAGAAAUUUGGACAGUAUGCAGGUCAUGUUGUUCCAACUAUCUUGGAGAAGUUCAAGGAGAAAAAGCCUCAGGUAGUGCAAGCCUUGCAAGAAGCUAUUGAUGCAAUCUUCCUUACAACCACAUUACAAAACCUCAGUGAGGAUAUAUUAGCUGUGAUGGAUAACAAAAACCCAACGAUCAAGCAACAGACAUCCCUCUUCAUUGCAAGAAGCUUUUGUCACUGCACUCCUACUACCCUUUCCAAGAACCUGCUGAAACCCUUCUGUGCUGCUCUCCUCAAGCAUAUUAAUGAUUCAGCUCCUGAAGUUAGAGAUGCUGCAUUUGAAGCUCUGGGUACUGCCCUGAAGGUGGCAGGUGAGAAAGUUGUGAACACUUUCCUAACAGAUGUGGACAAACUGAAACUUGACCGGAUUAAAGAGUGUGCUGAAAAAGUGGAGCUGGCUGUUGGUGGCCGGAUUGGUGGAGGAGCCGACAGAAAAGAGAGCAAACCUGUGGCUGGGAAGGGUCCAGUUCUUUCAGGGGCUGCAGGGGAUAAAGAUACAAAAGAUAACUUGGCCAAAGCUGGUCCACUGAAAAAGGCACCUGCUACUAAGGCCGGUGGCCCAUCCAAGAAGGGCAAGCAAGCUACAACUGGUGGGGCAGGAAGUGCUGGAACAAAAGGCAAGAAAGGAGCUGAUGUGAAGGAGAUAUUUGAGCCAGAGCUCUCGAUAGAGAUGUGUGAGGAGAAAGCUUCAGCUGUCCUCCCAGCUGCUUGCAUACAGCAGCUAGAUAGUGGCAACUGGAAGGAAAGGCUUGCUUGCAUGGAAGAAUUUCAAAAGGCUGUUGAGCUGAUGAAUAGAACUGAAAUGCCUUGCCAGGCUCUAGUAAGGAUGUUGGCAAAGAAACCUGGAUGGAAGGAGACCAACUUUCAGGUGAUGCAGAUAAAACUUCAUAUAGUUGCCUUGGUUGCUCAGAAGGGAACCUUCUCCAAAACAUCUGCGCAAAUUGUGUUGGAUGGUCUCGUGGAUAAGAUUGGAGAUGUAAAAUGUGGAAACAAUGCAAAAGAAGCACUAACGGCAAUAGCGGAGGCCUGCCAGCUUCCUUGGACUGCUGAACAGGUUAUGUCCAUGGCCUUUUCUCAGAAGAAUCCAAAGAACCAGUCAGAAACUUUGAAUUGGCUUUCAAAUGCGAUUAAAGAAUUUGGGUUUGCAGGAUUGAAUGUAAAGGCUUUUAUCAGCAAUGUUAAGACUGCUCUUGCAGCUACAAAUCCUGCUGUGAGAACAUCUGCCAUUACCUUAUUGGGUGUCAUGUAUCUGUAUGUGGGGCCUCCUUUGCGGAUGUUUUUUGAGGAUGAAAAGCCUGCUCUCCUUUCCCAAAUAGAUGCGGAGUUUGAAAAAAUGCAAGGGCAAACACCACCUGCUCCAACUCGAGGCAAUUCCAGGCACACUGUUGGCAGUGGGGAUGAUGGUGAGGAAGGAGAAGAACAGGAGGAUUUAGGAAAUGAUGUUGUGGAUCUCUUGCCAAGAGCCGAUAUCAGUGAUAAGAUUACAUCUGAAUUGGUGUCUAAGAUUGGUGAUAAAAACUGGAAAAUCCGAAAGGAGGGUCUAGAUGAAGUAACAAGCAUCAUUAACGAAGCCAAAUUCAUACAGCCAAACUUAGGAGAACUUUCACCUGCAUUGAAGAGUCGUCUCAAUGAUUCCAAUAAAAUCCUGGUGCAACAAACACUGACCAUUCUCCAGCAAUUGGCCACUGCUAUGGGCCCAAAUAUCAAGCAGCAUGUGAAAAACUUGGGCAUUCCCAUCAUUACAAUCCUUGGAGACAGUAAGAGCAAUGUACGAACAGCUUCCCUAGCAACUGUGAAUGCCUGGACAGAGCAGACAGGCAUGAAAGAGUGGUUGGAAGGGGAAGACCUAUCUGAAGAGCUCAAGAAAGAGAACCCAUUCCUCAGGCAAGAGCUUUUAGGUUGGCUGGCUGAAAAGUUGCCCACACUCCGUACUGUCCCAUCAGAUCUGGUUUUAUGUGUGCCACACCUGUACGCUUGCCUGGAGGAUCGAAAUGGUGAUGUCCGAAAAAAGGCACAAGAUGCCCUGCCGUUCUUUAUGAUGCAUCUAGGGUUUGAGAAGAUGUCCAAAGCCACUGGCAAGCUAAAGCCAGCUUCCAAAGACCAAGUACUGGCCAUGCUUGAAAAAGCCAAAGCCAAUAUGCCUGCCAAACCUGCUCCACCUGCUAAGACAUCUUCCAGAGCAGUAGGAGCAGCUGCAGCCAAAUCUCAAACUGCAUCAGGUUCUGGUGAAGAUUUUUCAUCCAGUACUAUGGAGACUAAACCUGAUGCUAAAAAGGCCAAAGCAGGAGGAACUGCCCCUAAAACCAAGGGCAUACAGGGAAAGAAGGUACCAAGCAAGUCUAACCUGAAGGAAGAUGAUGACAGAUCUGGUCCAGUUUUUAUCUUAGUCCCAAAUGGGAAAGAGCAGAGGAUGAAAGAUGAAAAAGGAUUAAAGGUUUUGAAAUGGAAUUUCACUACUCCUCGUGAUGAGUAUAUUGAGCAACUGAAGACUCAGAUGUCCAGCUGUGUUGCCAAGUGGUUACAAGACGAGAUGUUUCAUGCAGAUUUUCAACACCACAACAAAGCUCUUAGCGUAAUGGUUGAGCACUUGGAAAGUGAAAAGGAUGGAGUUAUCAGCUGUUUGGAUCUGAUCCUGAAGUGGCUCACUCUGAGGUUUUUUGACACCAACACAAGUGUCCUGAUGAAGGUCCUGGAGUACCUCAAGCUGCUCUUCACCAUGUUAAACCAAGAAGAGUAUCAUCUUACUGAAAAUGAGGCCACCUCCUUCAUCCCCUACCUUAUCCUGAAGGUUGGGGAACCAAAAGAUGUUAUCCGCAGGGAUGUACGUGCCAUUCUGAACAGGAUGUGCCUUGUCUACCCAGCCAGCAAGAUGUUCACUCUUAUCAUGGAGGGAACAAAGUCAAAGAACUCAAAACAGAGGGCAGAGUGCUUGGAAGAGUUGGGGUGUCUAGUUGAAUCAUAUGGCAUGAAUGUGUGUCAACCAACUCCAGGCAAAGCCUUAAAAGAAAUGGCAACUCACAUUGGGGACAGGGACAACACUGUCAGAAAUGCUGCACUCAACACCAUUGUAACUGUUUACAAUGUGCAUGGGGAUCAGGUGUUCAAGCUGAUUGGAAAUCUUUCUGAGAAAGACAUGAGCAUGUUGGAGGAGCGAAUAAAGCGGUCUGCUAAGAGGCCAAACACUGCUUUAGCAAGGCAGGUGGAGGAGAAACCCCAGCGCAUUCAGAGUGCCAGUGCCAACGCGAAUAUGCAGCGGAAGGGGCCAGCUGAAGACAUGUCCUCCAAACUCAACCAAGCCCGUAACAUGAGUGGCCACUCAGAGUCAACGCAUUCAGUUCCACGGGAAUUUCAGCUGGAUCUAGACGAGAUAGAAAAUGAUAACGGCACGGUACGAUGUGAAAUGCCCGCACUUGUCCAACACAAACUGGAUGACAUCUUUGAACCAGUCUUGAUCCCUGAACCCAAGAUCCGUGCUGUGUCUCCACACUUUGAUGAUAUGCACAGUAACACAGCUUCCACCAUCAACUUUGUUAUCUCCCAGGUAGCCAGUGGUGAUAUCAAUACUAGUGUCCAAGCUCUAGCACAGAUUGAUGAGGUUCUGAGACAAGAGGACAAAGCAGAAGCUAUGUCUGGCCACAUUGACCAGUUCCUAAUAGCUACAUUCAUGCAGCUCCGACUCAUUUACAAUACUCACAUGGCAGAUGAGAAACUGGACAAGGAUGAAAUCGUCAAGUUGUACAGUUGCAUAAUUGGAAACAUGAUUUCGCUGUUCCAGAUUGAAAGCUUAGCCAGGGAGGCUUCUGCAGGUGUGCUGAAGGACUUGAUGCAUGGCCUCAUUACCUUAAUGCUGGAUUCAAGAGUUGAAGAUCUAGAGGAAGGUCAACAGGUUAUCAGAUCCGUCAACCUCUUGGUGGUAAAAGUUCUGGAGAAAUCUGACCAAACCAACAUAUUGAGUGCCCUGCUUGUUCUACUCCAGGAUAGUCUAUUAGCAACUGCAAGCUCUCCCAAGUUCUCAGAACUUGUAAUGAAGUGUUUAUGGAGAAUGGUAAGACUUCUCCCUGAAACUAUCAACACUAUUAAUUUGGACCGAAUCAUGUUGGACAUCCACAUCUUUAUGAAAGUGUUUCCAAAGGAGAAACUAAAGCAAUGCAAGAGUGAAUUCCCCAUACGGACACUGAAGACCUUAAUUCACACGUUGUGCAAGCUGAAGGGACCCAAGAUCUUAGAUCAUCUAACAAUGAUAGAUAACAAGAAUGAGUCUGAGUUGGAGGCUCACCUGUGCAGAGUGAUGAAACAUUCCCUGGACCAAACUGGAAGUAAAUCUGACAAAGGCACAGAAAAAGGAGCUUCUCGCAUAGAUGAAAAGUCACCAAAGGCUAAAGUGAAUGAUAUUUUAGCAGAGAUAUUUAAGAAAAUUGGCUCUAAAGAAAACACUAAAGAGGGUUUGGCAGAGCUGUAUGAAUAUAAAAAGAAGUAUUCGGAUGCAGACAUUGAACCCUUCCUUAAAAACUCCUCACAGUUCUUCCAGAGCUACGUGGAACGAGGUCUCCGGCUGAUUGAAAUGGAAAGGGAGGGCAAAGGGCGCAUUCCUUCUUCUACAGGGGUUUCUCCACAGAUGGAGGUAUCGUGUAUCCCCACUCCCACCAAUACAGUCUCAUCAUCUGUAGGAAAUUCAAACGGGGAAGAGGUGGGGCCUUCUGUCUACUUGGAAAGGCUAAAAAUCCUCAGGCAGCGAUGUGGCCUUGACAAUGCAAAGCAGGAAGACAGAGCCCCGCUGACCUCCCAGCUGUCCAAAGCAUCAGUCCCUACAGUUGCAUCCUCCACAGAUAUGCUCCACAGUAAGCUUUCACAGCUCCGUGAGUCACGGGAACAAUAUCAGCACAUCGAUCUGGACUCCAAUCAGACCCACUCCUCCAACAUUGGAACCACCACUUCUUCCUCUGCAGCAUCCAAUAUUGAUGACUUGAAAAAAAGACUGGAGAGAAUAAAAAGCAGUCGCAAAUGAAAUUGCGUGAGACAGUGUGGCUAUUGCAGGGCUGUCCCAUCUUUAGUUUACUAAACUAGAAGUCUUCAUAGUUAAAGUGGCCUCAUGUAGGCCUUAUGUAUACAAACUGGUUUCUGUGUAUAAUACAGCAGAUCUUGGAGGAGGAUCCAAGUCAUUGUGGCACAAGUCUUUGUACAUACUUUGCUUCUCUGUGAGCAUUUCUUGACUGUAGAAGACUGUCUGUGUAUUAGUUUUAGUGUACAGAGCCGUAAACAACCAUUCUCCUGCUCAGUCCAGUUUCUCAUAACUUGUUUUUAUUUGUUGAGUUGUCUUACCUUUCUUAGCCCUCUUAACUCUUAGAAGCUCCUCAGUGAAUUCAUUUUUAAUUUGUGAAUUUCUUGAACUGUUUCUGUACGGAUGCAUGGCAUGAAAUAACUAAUUUAAGUGUCUUUUUGUAAAUAAAGUUUGCAUUAACUCUC